AUGGUAGGCAUAGUGAAGUACGCGCCCAUCAACGGCGGCGCGUUGUUCUCAGACGUCAAAACCCAUUUCUCAAUCACCAGAGCCAAAAGAACUGUCACCGUCGCCUACGCCUUCAUCUCCAUCUUCACGGCCUUCACCAUUUUUCUCGCCUUCAGCCCUUCUGCAAAUCCUUCUUCUCCCUGGUUCACAAACACCCCGAGGAGCGGCGGUACUGCAAAUUCGAACCCUUACCCCUCGAUUUUUUCCGAUGAGUCCUACAGAUCUCAUUUUUCUUCAAUUUAUAGUUAUUUUUUCCCAAAUUCAUCGGGACCCAGUUCGGAUAAUAAGCCUUCUGUUGUGAAAGACCAGACAAAGGCCGAAGCUUCAACUCAUAAAGAUGAAGUUUUGAAGCCAGAGAAACCCUCUGUAAAUCAAACCGUGAAGAACAGCACAAACCCAUCAAAGCCCUCAACAGAGAUGAAAAAUCAGGCCCAAAAUAAGACGUCACAGGGCGAAAAAUCGCUUAAAGAUGGAGUCUUUAAUAAGUCAAAUUCAAGUGUUGCUGCAAAAGGAGAAAAUGAUGUUAUGGUCAAGAAUGUAACUUCCUUGCAGAAUAAACAGAAUAAUGGCUCGAAUUUGGGUGUGUCCAAUAAGGGAUUUGAUGAUCUGAUUCAGUCUCUGAUGAAGUGUGAUCUGUUUGAUGGGAAUUGGGUGAGAGAUGAAUCUUAUCCGCUGUACAAGCCUGGUUCUUGUUCUCUGAUUGACGAGCAAUUUGAUUGUUUCCUUAAUGGUAGGCCUGAUAAUGGCUACUACAAACUGAAGUGGAAGCCAAAGGGUUGCAUUCUCCCAAGGUUAGAUGGAGGUCGUUUUUUGGAGUUACUGAGAGGAAAGAGAUUAGUUUUCGUGGGUGAUUCUUUGAACAGGAAUAUGUGGGAAUCUCUUGUCUGCAUCCUCCGGAACUCUGUGAAAGAUCAGAAGAAAGUUUAUGAAGAAAAUGGCCGGCACAGUUUCCGUGGAGAGGUUUCUUAUUCCUUUGUCUUUGAAGACUAUAAAUGCACGGUGGAAUUUUUCGUGACUCCGUUUUUGGUUCAAGAAUGGGAAGUAACGGGAAAGAAUGGGACAAAAAAGGAAACACUAAGACUCGAUUUGGUUAGCCAAUCGGCCGAUAAGUAUAAAAACGCGGACAUCAUCGUUUUCAAUACAGGGCACUGGUGGACUCACGAGAAGACUUCUUUAGGGAAGGACUAUUAUCAAGAGGGCAGCCACGUGUACAGUGACUUGAAUGUUCUGGAAGCUUUCCGGAAGGCUACAACGACAUGGGCAAGGUGGAUAGACGCUAAUGUCAAUCCAAAUAAGUCGCUCGUGUUCUUCAGAGGCUACUCUGCAUCUCAUUUUAGCGGUGGACAAUGGAACUCAGGUGGGCAAUGUGACCACGAAAUGGAACCCAUACAGAACGAGACAUAUCUCGCAUCAUAUCCCCCAAAAAUGACCGUCUUGGAGAAAGUCAUAAGAAACAUGAAAACCCGUGUGACUUAUCUAAACGUCACGCGCAUGACGGACUAUCGAAAGGAUGGCCACCCAUCCAUAUACCGGAAAAGAAAUUACACCGAUGAGGAAAGAAGAUCGCCAUUGAGUUUUCAAGACUGCAGUCAUUGGUGCCUUCCGGGUGUGCCUGAUGUGUGGAAUGAAAUCCUAUACGCAGAAAUAUUGGUGAGACUGAACCAGAAGCAGCAAGAGAAAAAAAAAUCUUAG